CUUGACAGUUAAACAAGAUGCUCUGGUUUUAUUUCCUGACUCUUCUGAUGCCCAGCCAAACUCUAAUGAUCCCUUUCCCUCUACGGAUAGCAGAUCUGCCUAAGAAAGCUCUUCCUGGACUAUCUGCAGCUGACCAAGAGUUUGCAGAGGAAUAUCUGCGCCAUUUUUACGGCUACCAGCCCAAGGCAGAAAGACAGAAGAGGACCGCCGACAUAAGUGAAGAUGAUGAUUCGACUACCGGAUCCUGUGAUAAGAAGACAAAGAUGCGGGAGAUGCAACAGUAUUUUGGUUUGCCUCCAAGUGGAGAGCUCACCAAAGAGACUCUAGCAGUGAUGAAGAAGCCGCGCUGUGGACUGUCAGAUGUGGAGCACGUUGGAGAAACAGUUCGCUGGAAGAAGAAGAGGAUCAGCUACAGGAUCGCUGGCAAAAAAUUCCCCAUCCCAGCACUUAAGGCUCAGAAAGUCUUCAGAAGAGCAUGGAAGCUCUGGUCCAACGUCACACCUCUGAAAUUUCGCAACCGGAACAUGGAAGUGGCUGACAUUGACAUCUUUUUCUAUAGUGGAGAUCAUAACGAUGGUUCACCUUUUGAUGGCAGAGGAGGAGUCCUGGCUCAUGCCUUUAUGCCUGGGCUUCACAUCGGUGGAGAUGUCCACUUUGAUUCUGAUGAAGACUGGAGUUUAAAUUCUACCGGUAUCAACCUGUUUGCUGUGGCAAUCCAUGAAUUUGGCCACGCACUUGGCUUGUCCCACUCAUCUGAUCCUGGAGCUAUCAUGUACCCAGCAUAUAACUUUGACCCCAACUAUGAGCCCCAGCUCUCUUUUGAUGAUGUCAAAAACAUCCAAAAACUGUAUGGAGUCAAUCCAACCAAUCCAACCUCAAAGAGGCCUCCUCCGAAAACACCUACCAAAUGUGAUCCGUAUUUGUCCUUUGAUGCAGUAACAGACCUACAACAGGAAGUUUUGUUUUUCAAAGACAGGCAUGUAAAUCUGUGCACUACUGGACAUAAUUCUCUCUGUGUGUCUCUUUGGUCCAAGGAUUACAGGAAAACUGAAUAUUCAUUUGAGAUAGCCUUCCUGCUUUUCAGGUUUAUGUGGCGCAAACAUCCUGAAUUUGAUGAAAUGCGUGUCUCCUUGAUUAGCAGUCUUUGGCCUGAGACUGUACCGGCCAACUUGGACGCCGUUUAUGAGAAUACGUGGGAAAAUGUUGUUUUGUUUUUUAAAGGUAAUCAGUACUGGAUGCUGAGGCAGCUGAAGCUUGAGGAAGGUUUCCCUAGAAGCAUCUCAACCUUGGGCUUUCCUUCCAGAAUAAAAUCUGUAGAUGCUGCUCUUCACUUCAGAGAUGAGGGCUAUACUCUGUUCUUUACUGGUGACGAGUGUUGGAGGUACAACGAAGAACAAAAGUGGAUGGAGGGAUCACCAAUGUCUAUUGAGGAGCAGUGGCCAGGGAUCCGAACGCCUAUAGAUGCAGCUGUCUUCUAUGAUGGAUCUGUGCACUUCUUCAAAGGAAACCUUGACUACAAAUACGACUCCAACUUCAAACGCGUGCUCUCCAUCAGCCGCGUUAAUGAGCUGCUGGAAUGUGAAGUAAAGGAAGGCAAUGAAACAGUGACAGAGAGGAGAUGAGUGAAGUAAUGCUUCCCCUGGAGCUUGAUGGUGCUUUGCAUACAGACACAAAGUUUUACACCCAGUAAUGACCACAAUGUAUCGAACAGAAAACAGAAGUGGGAAGUGGUUGGUGUGUGGUUAGUCUUACCUCAGUGUGUAAUGCAGUGAUGUAAUAUUGGAAUUGUACAGUUUUUGUGAUUUGAAAUGUGUGUUUUAAUCUAAUUUUGCUGCUAAUUUUAAUUUUAAAUCUCUCUAUAUUAACAUCAACAGUGGUCUAGAGCUAUUCAGCUAAACAUAAAUGUAUUUUAAGCUUGUGUCUUUCCAUCAGAGUGAUUUAUUUCUUACUUAGCAAAGAAAAAAUGUCAUUUUCCUGAUUAAAAAAACUUUGCUUCUCUGUUGAAACACAUUCACUAUGUGUGUGUGUGUGUGUGUGUGAAUGUCUCUUUUUACUGCUGUUGCCUAAUUUACCUGAGGCUGAACAUUACUUUAUAAAGUCAAAACUAUUCAUCUCUGUGUCCAGUAUGGUGUAGCACUGACAGAAAUGUAGUUUGCCUAUAACACUGACACAUAGUGGUUGGUGGAUAAUUACAGGUAAGGUGGAAAAUAACCACCUGCAGUUGACUCACAGAAAAAAAAAGUUUCCAGUUUCCAAAACUUUGUGCGGUUGGGCACUAUUGAAUGUGUAGAAUAAACUGACUUUAAUGUUUUUGUAACAGAAAUGAUGACAAUGCCAACA